AGGUCUGGUUUAGUUGAGUUCUAUUUUAUAGUUCAUUUCUUUUUUCAAUUAUAGUUCAGUUCUGGUUCAGUUCGAGUUUAGUUCUGGUACAAUUUUAGUUUCAAUUCGAAUCGAAAUUUUCUCCGUUUGGCAACUUUGGUACUCUGCAUUUCAAUUCGACUCUCCUCCACAUAAACAACGGCCCCUAUUCUGCAUUUAUAUGUUAAUCUCCGUUUGGCAACUUUGGUAUUCUUCAUUUUUCAUAAACAACAACUUACAAAAACGUAAUUACGAUCGAAAUGCAGAAUACACACAAUCGUAAAGCAUUGAAACGAAAUGGAAUUGCUUCUUCUUUUUAUUACGAUUCAAUUUUUUGUUAGAAUUCCUUUUUUUCAAUCAUUCCGUAACGUAAUCGAAACGCAAAAUAGGGGUGAACAACUUACAAAAACGUAAUUACGAUCGAAAUGCAGAAUACACCUAAUGGUUUCUUCUUUUUCUUACGAUUCAGUUUUUUGUUGGAAUACCUUUUUUCGAUCAUUGCGUAAACAUAAUCGAAAUGCAAAAUAGGAGUGAAUAUUUAUUUCAGUUCAAGUUCAGUUCCUAAUAGAAUUUAUUUGAGCUCUAGUUAAGUUCUUUGUUGUUGUACUGUGUUCUACUGUGGCCAAUACUUCUUUUCAGGUUAACAAUUUUUUUUCCGAGUAUGACUAGGUUCGAUCCGGAGCGAAGAUCCAAUUGUCGUGGAAACAGGUAUAGUUCUAGAUCAGUUUUGUUUUAGCUCUAUUGGAGUUCAUUUACAGUUCGAUUUUAAAUCAGUUAUGAUUCGAUACCAGUUCUAAUUGAUUUAAACUUUAGUUCUUUUUCAAUAAAAAUUGGAGUUUUGCUGUCAAUACAAUACUCGCCUUUUCACUUAAACACGACCCCAGGACAGGGAAAUAUUGUUAAAUUAAAAUUCUGUAUAAUACAAUAAAAACAAAGAAUAAUUAAACCCAAACUUUAAAAAUAACAAUAACCUCUUAUCUCCAUGGUUAAUAUGCCUUCAUCAUCUAGGCAACCUAACAAAUAUUUAACAAAUGGACACGGACGAAAAAAAAAUAAACAAACUACCACAAUAAACCCUCAGUUGUUUUGAAACUAUCUAAAGGUAAACGUUUAAUCUUUCUUUCUCUCUGUCCUCCAAAAUGUCCAAUAAUCAUUACAAUGAUGUCUGGCACUUGGCCCAGCAAGAACUUGAACUCUUGGCUCUAUGUGAUUAUGAACGACAAAAUCAGGAUAUUGACACUACAGUGGCAGCAUUUGCUGCUGCUAAUGCUGAUAGCGAAUUAGCUUAUGGAGACACAAAGUCCUUAAUGCAGGCUAGUACAUAUGAAUUUUAUCUCAAGUACAUUUGUUUGGCCAAUCGAUUGGAAGAUGUUUACGAUAAAAUGAUACAACCGCAAAAGAGACAAUUAAUACGUAAUCUUCUGGAUGCCACAUUGGGUAGAGUUAUUGAAUUAAAACACGAUUUGGUUAAUAUUGAUGUUAUGGAGUUCAGUUAUAAUGAUGCUAUUAUUGAACGUUUAAAACUAACGCCCAUAGAUACGGAACUACGAAUACCUAGAUAUUUCCUAAGGGAGAGACGUAAGGAAAUCGAACAACGUAAUAAAACUAUGCAUGAUAUAUUGGUGAAAUUGGGUUGGGUGGAAGAGAAUCCUAUAGUAGAACAAAUUAGUGAAAUUGAAGCUAUACGUUUGAUACAAAUGCACGAGAGAGCUCGUCAGGGUAGAUUAAGAGCUCAUUUUAUGAAGGAAAUACGUAUGCUAAAGGAAAAAGGUAAGACAGAGGAGAAAGAUAAAGAUCGUGCAGAUAGUGGACUGAUGGCUGCUAUGAAAAUACAAAAAAUGUGGCGUGGUCAUACGGCUAGACGAAAAACACGUAGACGUAAACUUGAUGAAAUGAUAUUGAUAGGAAUGGUGCCACCACCAUCACAAGUUGUUAAGGCAAGGGCAGAAAAAGUGGAAAAAUUAAAUGAGAUCUUCGAAAGACGUUAUGCCACCCAAGAAGCUUUUAAGGAAAAAUUUGAAUCCUCUGUAGAGCUAGUACGUGAAGAAAUAAAGAUUAAACAUGGUGCCAGUAUGACCGAAGAUAUUGCCGAUGAGUUGCGCGCUUGGAUUAAAGAUUGUUAUGAGAAAACUGGCAAAUUACCCGAUUUCCCCUCCGAGGAUCAAGGCGGUUCUUUGCAUAUAUUCAGUCGACCCGGCACCGAAAGUGAAAUAAGUCGUUCAUCGGCACGCUCAUCCAAAGAAUCGCGUAAAACAAAAGAUAAAUCGAAAUCACCAGCUAGAAGCGGUGAUUUAAAUGUAAAUGAAAAUCAACUAGAAGAAGAUGGAGGUUUGCAACCGGCUCAAUCCAAUUGUUUGCCCGAUAUUAGAAUGGAAAUUGAAAGAUUUAAUGAAAUAUGGCGCGAUAAGGAUGAAUCGGGAAAUUUGCGACAAACGGCAUAUGAGGACAUGAUUUACAACGAAAAAUACAAUGAGGUUGAAAGGGAAUUUCGUAAGAUAGUAGAUGAUGUUAUGCGUCAAGAAUUGGAAUUGUUGCAGAAUGCCACCGGUAAGAAAGCCAAAAAAAGCAAUAAGAAAGCUAGACGUUCUGGCAAGAAAGGCAAAAAGAAAAAGGAAAAAGACUUAACACCAGAUCGUACCACUGAAUCACUAUACGAAGAGUUGGUGACUAAUGGUAUUAUACGUAAGUAUCCCGAAAUAAGAAUGAGCCAAUAUUUGGGUGACAAAGCCAUAACCGCCAGAUCCGGCACAAAUCCUUCACCAGGCGACAUAAGACAAAUUUUAACCGAAUAUUGUAUAUUGCCAUUGGGUUCAGAACAAAUACACAACUCGUGCCCACUAAUACGUUCAAUAUUAUUAGCUGGACCCAAAGGUUCGGGUAAAAAGGCUUUACUGCAUGCCAUUUGUACAGAAGUUGGUGCGGUGUUAUUCGAUUUAACUCCUGCCAAUAUUGUGGGCAAAUAUCCGGGAAAAUCGGGUUUGAUUAUGUUAAUACAUUUAGUUUUAAAAGUAUCACGUUUACUACAGCCAUCCGUCAUCUAUAUGGGUGAUGCGGAAAGACCCUUUAUGAAAAAAGUACCCAAAACCGAUCGUACAGAUCCUAAACGUUUAAAAAAAGAUUUGCCUAAGUUAAUUAAGAAUAUUGCUCCGGAGGAUCGUGUUUUAUUUAUAGGAACUUCGAAUUUACCCUGGGAAGCUGAUCAGAAAUUGUUACAACAAACUUAUAAUCGUUUUAUAUACAUACCCAGACCGGACUAUGGAGCACUGUCACAUGCUUGGAAGACAUUAUUGCAUGAAUAUUCUGGCGGUUUAUCUAAUUUGGAUUGUAGUGUUAUGGCCAAAAUUUCAGAUGGUUAUACCAUAGGUGCAGUAAAUGCUUGUUUAAAGGAAGUACUAACCUGCAAGCGAAAAUUACAAUUACGAUCUCAACCCUUAACCCAUGUAGAGCUUAUUAAUGCUUUGUGUACCAGGGAUCCUGUUUACCGAGAAGAGGAAGAAGCCUACGAAUCCUGGUGGACCAAGACACCUUUGGGGCGUAGACGUCAACGUUUAUUAGAAAUUGAAGAAGAAGCCCGUUUAGAGGAACAAGUACAGGCAGCAAAACAAACUAAUGGCAAGAAAAAAGUUUAAAUAUUUCAAAAAUUUUUCUUUUUUAUAUAAUAUGUUUUAUUUAAGUUUAAAAUUAAACUCUUUAAAACCGCUUUUACAAUAAACUUCAUUAAAUUUCAAAUGCAAAGGUAAACGUUCCAUUAAAGAUGCCAUAAUUGUGGGCACUAUAGA